AUGGAGCUGCCGAAGCUGCCGCCCAAGGAUGCCACGCGCGGCGACCUGAUCCAAAGCCACCGCGGGCCGACGAAGCGUUCGAACUGGGUGGUUCCGGGCAGGCUGAUGGCUGGAGACCGCAGCAGCUUGGAUUCCGAGGAGUCGCUCAAGGCGAUCUUCAAAAGCGGUGUGACCACGGUGGUGUGCCUCCAGACGCGACAGGAGACAUCUGCAGGCGUGGACUACCGGAAGAAAGCGAAAGCCCUACAGCCGAACGUGUCCUUCGUCGAACAGCCGAUCCCCGACCAGGAGGUGACCGACGACGCCAUGGUGGAAGAGCUCGUCUCUCAGCUACUUGAACGACUAGCCGGCGGCGAGGUUCUCUACGUCCACUGCCGAGGUGGGCACGGAAGGACCGGCACCAUCUGCGCCAUCCUCCUGGGGCGCAUGUACAAGCUGUCGGCCGCCGAGGCUAUGGCCCGCACCCAGGCGUGCCACGACGCCCGCCAGCAGCCCGUCUUCGCCGCAGAGGGUUACCAGGAGACCAAAGAUGGCUCGAGCUGCGUCAUCCUCUUCCCCUCGCAGCGGCAGCAGGUCGUCCGACUCCUCCGGGGCGAGGCCGCCGUCCCAGCGCUCGACAGGGCCAGCAGCGCGGCGUAUGGCCCUGGGGCGUCCAAGUAUCCGGUUGAGAAGAUGAUGGAGUGGCAGGGGAAGGCCAAAGAAGCUGCGGAGGCCCUGAACAGCGGCAAGCAGAAGACGGAGGGGAAGGAGGACGAGUUGCAGAAGGCUGUGCAGCUCUUCUGGGAGGCUGCGAAGCUCCGGCCGGACUUUGCGCGAGGCUACCUGGGCCUUGCCCGAGCACUGCGCCUGUUGAAGCAGCCCGCAGAUGCCAAGCACGCGGUGCUUCACGGCCUCGAGCACUGCGCGGACGACGGGGCCUUGCUGCAGGAGCUUCAAAAAAUCGACAAGGAGCUGGAGAAGCAGGUCAUCGUGGAGGAGGCCGCGGAGGCAGAGCUUGCGCUCAUGGGCCUUCCCGGGUGUGGCAAGAGUACUUUCGCGGAGCAGCUGGCGAAGUCCGGCAACGGCUGGCACCGCAUCUGCCAAGACGAGCUCUCGGGCCGCGACGAGUUCGAGCGCAGCAUCGGUCCCAUAGCGAAGGACAGCCGACAGCGCCUGAUUGUUGACCGCACCAAUGUGGUCAAGAGCGACCGCCAGCGCCAUGGCCACGCAGUUUAA